UCUCAUCGUCGGCGCGGAGUUGCCCCGCUCGAAGCCUCAAAACCCCAAUAUUUUCCCUGCCCCCAUUCACUAGAUCGUCACGUUUGUGUUGUGAAUGGGCCGCAGGUUUUAAUACGGAGACUUACAACACAUCGAAGGAGAGAAAGAGAAAAAAAAUAGUAUAUUUUUUUUUUUUACCUCUCUGCUUUGUUGGGAGUGAAAUAAUUGUUCCAUGUGCUGAGGUUGGUUAAAUAUUUACAGUUUAGUCUAACGUGUGUGCUAGAACUUCAUUACAGUACCCGCGUCACCGCGGGGAUAUUGGAGGAUUUUCUCUCACCUUUCACAAGGUUAUUUUAAAAGGGAAGUUGCGGAGUGGUGGAGAUUUAUAUUUUUUACAGCGGGUUUUCUUUGUGACGUUGUGGAAUGGAUAUGGAUUUAUUGCACAUCAUGAAGUGAUGUAAUGGACGGCCCCAGACAUGCGGCUGAACCGUGCAGCGAAGGUUGUGAUUGUGAUGAGCAUGUUGUCAUGUCUGGUCACCUUUUGUCUGUGGUCAACAUGUGGUGGCCGGACCUUUGAUGCCGGUGCCAUACAAAACGCUGCCUUCGAAAAUCAGCCCAACUUUGUGCAGACCGAGUACCAUAAAAGGGGAACUAACUCUAUCGCAGCAGACAAGGCGGGGCAGGCAGAAGUUAUCCACCCUGACGAGUAUCAUGAGAUUGACUGUAACAUCAACAGCGAGACGACAGUCAAGUGUAGGCGGGAAGGAAAUGAAGUCUACAUGCCGUUCUCAUUUGUCAAAAACUACUUUGAGGUCUAUGGGGAGCUGGAAGAAGCGGAUGACAACGAGAGAUUUGAGUUCCAUCACUCCAACUCUAUUGUCCACCCUCCCCGGUCAACAUACUCCCCUGGGUCAGUUUUUAUGGCAUUUGACCACUACAAUGUGGAGAACAGAGAAAGGGUUAAGUGCAUCACAGCCUCAGAAGGUGUUCCAAUCACCACCCAGUGGAACAAAGACGGAUACUAUUAUCCCAUCCAGGUGGCCCAGUUUGGCCUGAGCCACCAUGCCAAGCACCUGGUGAGUGGGGACCCUGACCAGAUUGUUCUAGAGGAUGGGGAGGAGGACAAUCUGGCAGGCUGGACCAUGCCAGAUAAAAAGUCGCAGGUUAAAAUAGCACUGGAUGGUCCGAGAAAACAGCGCGUCAUGGAGUUUUUAACCUCAGAUUCCUUCCAAGCCAAAGGUAUCACAAUGUUAGCUGAUGAGAAAAAUCAAUGUGUUACGAUGGAUGUGAAGUUUGUCACCAACGGGAGCGUUACAAUUGUUGUAGAGACCAACAGCGGGGAGAAGCUGAACAUACACUACCUUCUCUCCAACACCCCCAUCAGCUUUGAUGGCAAGUCAAAUAUCUACUAUGGUAUGGGGGAGCGCAGGGGGGAAUGGAUUCACCUGGCCAGAGACCUGAAGUUUGACGUAAUGAAAGGUGUGUUGCUGAAGUUGAAGGCCGAUAAAGUCAGAGAGCUGUACGGGCUGGCUAAGGUUCUGGAUAUCCACCUGCGCGGUCACGGUUGGCUGGACAACCUGACCAUGUCGCAGUCGGUUCACGUGGACCAGUUCUACGACGCCGCCAACUGGUUGGUGCGGCACCAAGACCAGCGAGGCGGCUGGCCAAUUAUGGUGCAGCGGCGCAUCGUCGACGGGAUCCUUGAGCUCCCCCCAGGGUGGUACUCCGCCAUGGGUCAAGGUCAAGCCAUGUCGGUUUUAGUUCGAGCGUACUUGCACUCUAAGGAAGAAAAGUACUUGCGGUCCGCUGUCAACGCUCUCAACCUGUUUGAGGUGGACAGUGCGCAGGGGGGUGUCCGCGCCAAAUUUCUCGGCCAGCUAGACUGGUACGAAGAAUACCCAACCACACCCAGCUCCUUUGUACUCAACGGGUUCAUAUAUUCCCUACUGGGGCUCUAUGACUUGAAAGAGACAGCCGCGGGUGACGGCAAAGCCCGUGCAGAAAAAAUAUACAACUCAGGAAUGAAGUCUUUAAAAACUAUGAUAGGAAUGUACGACUCCGGGGUCGGAACAUUUUAUGAUCUCAGGCACAUCAGUGUGGGGAUUGAACCCAACCGCGCACGGUGGGACUACCACACAACACAUAUAAACCAACUCCUGCAAUUAAUGGUCAUUGACGACGAUGAUAUUUUUAAAACCACAGUUCAGCGAUGGCUGGGAUACCUGAAAGGGAAGAAAGCCAGACACAACUAAAUUGUGUAUGUUUCGUUAUUUAUUAUUAGGUCAUUCAAUGUUGCUUCUUCUUAAUUAGGGCUAAUUUAUUCCUAUACAUAUUAGGAAUAAGAAAUUGUGAAAAAAUAAUAAGUAUUGCUUUUUAAUUAAUUAAUUAUAUUUGAUAUAUUUUUUAAAAUGUUUUUUACUAAAAGAAAACACUUAAUCAAAAUACAUGAAAGUAUUUAUUUCUAAUGCCCUUUGAAAUAUUUUGCCAAAAGGUUUUUAAACUAAACAUUAAUUAUUGUUUUAUUUAAAUAUUCACUUUUAAAAAUAUGCAAUUCUACUAUUGCUGUAUGUUAUAACAGUUUGUUAAAUCAAAAUUUUAAAUACCUGAAUGCAAGCAUGAUUGUUUUUGUUUAUUUACCACCUAAUCAACGUAACUGUUUGAUAAUUCAGUUGAUUCCUUUAUUUUUCGUUAACUGUUUUAAACAGACUUGGACUCUGAAUGUUUCAAUCUUUAUCAAAUUUUUUUUUUAAAAGGAAUUGUUUGGCUUCGAAGUAGCACAAAUUUGUUGGGACAAUUUAUUCUUUGUGUAUCUUGUUAAAUGUUUAUAUACAUUUUGGAGGUUGAGGGGAUGGUGAAAUGGCAAGGCUUCUCUAAAUAUUUUGUAUCCUUUGGCUUUCACUUCUAUGUAACAUUGUAAUUGUAUUGUUUUAAUAUGCAAAUUGUUGUGACAAAUGAUAUUUGGUCAAUUGAUAUUAAAUACAUGCCAAGGGUCAAAUAGGCCUGCAUAUCUGACCUUAAUUAUGUUAAAUAAUUAACAUCUAAUUUCGCACUGUUAAUCAUAUUUUUAUUUAAAAUCGCUAGAAAAAAGUUUAAGCUGCUAUAUUUUAAAUUUUUGUUUUAACUACUUUUUAAGAAUAUUUCAAAGUAUUUUUUGUUCUGUCAAGGGGGUUGUUUAUAUUCUUUGUAAAUAAUAUUUAAACUUAUGUGAUAUUUUGUAUUAGUAUUUUUAAAAUUGCAUUCCAUUACUGUAGAAAUUUAUUUUCAAAUGAAUGUCUGCUUUCCAUUGUCUCAUUUUGGUGUACAUGUUAUUUCAAAUGUGCUUGUAUCCACAGAAAAGCCAUUUUCAUCCAUCUUAUUUUUUAAUAUUUUUCUGGGAUUUUCUAAAGUGUAUUUUCUCUCUCAAUUUUAAAGGGUAAAUUAAGAGUUAGAUAUAUUUUUUAAAAUCACUUGUGUUAACAGUAACAAUUUUCCUCUUGUAAAACUACAUCUUUAACUUCAAUUGAAUCAAAGUUAGGAAUGUAAAACAGCAACUGAAAAGAUGGGUAGAUUUUGUAUCAUUCUGGUAUGAAAUGUUUUGUAGCAUUCCAGUUAAAAUGCAAUAGGCAGCAAAAUAAGCUUUGCAGUGUAGAAACUUUAGAAAAUUGUGAUUACAAGUCAAAUUCUAGUAGGACAACCUGAACAUAAUUAAAACUUUAGCAUAUGAAGUAAAUUUGUUAAAUUUUAGCUGAAAUCAACUAUUUCUGUAUAAAUCAGGUGCCACUAACUCUGUACAGAAAAACUUAAUAAUUAAUAUGUGAAGUGAUUCCAUUUGCUGCAUAAUUUUGUUUUAUUAAUGUGGUCAUUUUAAAUGCAAAUACAUUAUGAAUAAGAAA